AUUCGGGCGAAUGCAGACGUGUUUCGUUAAACAAAUUCGAUGUAAACAGUUUUGUGUUCUGUUCGUAUGUUUGUUUGUGGCAUGUUUGAUGGCGAAGGAGGUUAAAGGCGGGGGUGGCACUGUAGGUGUGUUGCCGCUCGCAGGGUCCGUGAGGAGAGCCCGUGCUCCUCGCCUCGGGGACAUAGCAAGACACUCUGCGGUUGACGUAGUCGGUGAGGUAAAGAGGGACCAGCUAUGGCAGCAAACAGACGGAGACAGGUUAUCAGCUUACCCAAGCGGUGACCGCUCAACCCUGCUGCGCGCACACGCAGCCAAGUCAGCGGAGUGCAGCCAAGGAUCCCCCCGGGCGCGACGCACCCCCCGGGAGUCGAGGCGGGUGUCCCUCGCCCAGGCGCCGGGAUAUGUGCAGCUUAAUCAGUACCGCCUCUUGGAGCCUAUUGGACAGGGUUCAUACGGGAUCGUGAAGCUGGCAUAUAAUGAAGAAGAUGACACACAUUACGCAAUGAAGAUACUGUCGAAACGCAAGCUGAUGCGUCGAGCGGGUCUCUUCGGCCGGCCGCCGCCGCGCCGCCCCGGCCCGCCCCCCGACCCGCUGCAGAGCAUCUACAGGGAAAUAGCUGUUCUCAAGAAGUUGGACCAUCCUAACGUUGUUAAAUUAGUUGAGGUGUUAGACGAUCCAGCAGAAGACCAAUUAUACUUAGUAUUCCAGCUGCUGGAGGGGGGGCCGGUCAUCGACGUCCCUACUGACAAUCCCCUGAGCGAGGAUCUAGCUAGAAAGUACUUCAGAGAUGCGCUCCUUGGAGUGGAAUACUUACACUACCAACGGAUAGCGCACCGCGACAUCAAGCCCGCGAACCUCCUGCUGGGCGAGGGCAGGGUGCAGGUGGCCGACCUCGGCGCGUGCGGCGAGCUGGCCGGCGCUGGCAAGCUCUCCGGCGCGGUCGGCACGCCGGCGUUCCGCGCGCCGGAGUCCACUGUGGUCACUGAUAAAUACAUCGGUGAGGCAGCAGACAUCUGGUCGCUGGGGGUGACCCUGUACGCCAUGGUGACGGGGCGCGUGCCCUGGACUGCACCAAGCGCAGUGGAGCUCCAGCGGCGCGUGCUGACAGAACCACUUUCCUUCCCCACCAGACCACACCUCUCCAGACCCUUGAAGAGGCUUCUGCUUCGGAUGCUGGAUAAGGAUCCAGAUAAACGAGCUACUAUGCAUGAGAUUAAGGAUCACGAAUGGAUAACAGCAGGUGGCAAGGAACCUCUACCUUCGGAACAGGAGAACUGCCGGCUGGUGGAGGUGACGGAUGAGGACGUAGCCAGGGUCGUCACCUCCAUCCCCAACCUCUCGACCCUCAUACUGAUCAAAACGAUGCUCAAGAAACAUAGCUUUCAGAACCCCUUCCUGCGCAGCCGCGAGGGCUCGCGGCGGGACUCGAGCGACUCGAGCGCGGGGUCGGGCGGCGCGGGGGCGGCGGCGGGCAGCGCGGGCGGCGCGGGCGCGGGGGGGCGCGCCUCGCUCUCGCGCGCCGGCCGCUCUCUAUCCGCGCCCGGGAACUAUCUAACGGAUAAACAAGUAUCAUUCGACAUCAAUCUAGAAUCAGUUGAAGAAACCAAAGAGAAGACGGAAGCCAAACAGAACACGAGUACCGACAGCAAAACAAGCAUAAACGACAAAGAGAACGGUCAGCAGCAAAACGCGGCGAGGCGGUGACGCGCGAACAAGCGUGAAUAGAAAGACUUAAUUUGAAGACAUAAGAAUUUUAAUUAAUGGCAGUGUUUCUAUAUUAAAUAAUAAAUCCUUAGUUCCUUCUUAACCACGAAACCUACGGGGAUGAAAAGUGGUAUAAAACAUAACUGUCUCUUCAUUUGACUUCUUGUCGUUCCUUUACUCGGGCGAAGCCAGCUAGCUUGUUUUGUAACAUUUAUUAAUUUCUUUUAUUUUUUUAUUCGUCGAUUUUGACUGUCUUAUUUUAUAUAAUUUAAUAUCCAAAAUUCCAUUAUACAUUUCGUACCAAAAUUUUACUGUUUUUUUUAAGUUUAGAGCGAGGCACAUAUUUUGACACUUAUGGAAUCGCCGCCAUUAAUGUAGUCUGUGGUAGGGCAUUACUGAAUAAGAUCUGACUCAAUUUUUAUCUUUAAUAUUUUGUAAUAUUAAAUAUUUAAAGGCUACUUAAUUAUAUUCAAUUAUAGCUUUAAUGACGGGUUAGAAUUUUUUAAUAAUAGUCAUUACGUUAAAAGCGAAAAAAAAUUAACACACAAAUUUUUGUCGAAAAAGUUAUUACAAGGUAUAAUAUAAAGAUUACUUUUAGAUAUUUAAUUAUACAAAUUAAGAAUAUUUAAUUAUAUAAUGAAUAUGUCAGUUGAGUUUAUUACGUCUAAUAAUCAUUAUAUUUUUAUAAUUUGUU